GCUGCUCCGCACACCCGGGGCUGGGUUUUGGGGGGCAGCCAAAGCACAUCCGAGAGCACCACCUCCUGGGCGAGGCACAGAGCUCCCGGGAGGAAGGGCUCCUGCUGCUGCUUCUGGGGCCUCGGGCGUGCUCCCCUGAGCCUCUCCUCAGGCUGGGGACAUCUCCGCAGGCUAAAAUCAAACGCAGGUUUGCUUCUCCCCUCUCACCCUCAGCUCCUCCUCACCAGUGCCAACCACCCGCUGUGCCUGGGAAGCGGUGGGAGGAGGAGGGGCUGAGCAGAACCUCCUGUAAAGCCUCAGAUCUGCAGGUAGAGAUCUGAACAUGAAAUACAAACCAUAGUAAGAUGUCAAGUAAAACUUCCCAAAUUGGCUGCCAAUUACAGGCGUGGGCACGAUUCCUCCUUCCCGAACUGAAGACUUCACCUGGCUGAGUGGCAAAGCUCCCUGUGUGCAUCUUGCCACCAAGAAUAAAUUGGGAUUUUUCUCACUGGGAUCCUGGCUCCGGCUGAGUAAAUGGACAGGGACAGAUCUGGGCUCAUGGGAGACUUCCCUGUAUCAUCAGUUAGAAGCUGCAGCAUGGACUUGACAUGGAAAUGCUGAGACCUAUGGCAUCAAACUCACACAGAGAUCAAUCUUCUGUCUUUAAGUGUGCUUUGAAGAUAAGCAGUUUUAUGUGGCUAUAUGUAAUAGCUGUGUGCCUCCCGUCUGCCUGGUGGCUUGGAGGAGGGAGUCUGGGUGAUGCUGGGGAAGAUUUGCAGCAUCCUUUCCUUGCAAAAAGCUGCAAAGAUCUGCCCCAGAUCUGUCACCGUUGCAGGGAGGGGAUGCCGGCCACCCCAACCCUGCAUCCAGGGCUGUGUCCCCUCCUGGGUCAGCAACGUCCGUCUGCGGGAAGCCGCUGGUCCUGGGCAGAGCAGCUCUGGCUGUGGUCAUGGGCCAGGAGCUGAGCCUGGAGCCACCUCCUCACCUGGAAAAGGGAUCCUGGACCUGGCUUUGUCCCUGAACCUGGCCUCUUGUCUGUCAGGCACCAUCAGACCUAACCCUGUCACCCAGCAGAGACGUGGCUGUGCGUGGAAGUGGGGCAAAGGCACCGGGAACGGCCUUGACCGGGAGAGGACGAAACUGCUGACAAAGCCAGGGCCGCGAAACACCAAAAUCCCUUUGAUUUCAGCGAGGCCAAAGCUGCCGAGGGAGGCAGACUUGUUUUUCCAGUGCCUAUGUAUAGUGCCGUGAGCUCAUCGUUUCCGACGGCGGAGAGUAUCCGAACUAUGGGAAGCAGGACUUCCCACCCCACCGCGGUGCCAGCCGGGAAGCUGCAGGUGGGGGCAGCGUGGCUGCCCCGCGUCCACGGGCAUUGCCCCGGUCACUUCUCCCCCUGCAGCGCCCCGGUGGGUGCGAACAGCCCCAGGGAGAGCAGGAGGGACAGGGGUGCGCACCCCAGAGGUGCCUGUGGGACCCCUGCCCUGGCUCAGUCUGGAGAGCUUUCAGCCUCCACCAGCGUGAGAAAUUUGGGGCUAUGAGGGGAGCGGCUCUGUCCCCGACCUGUGCAGCGGAGCAGAUGGGGAUGAUGUGCUCCGGCUCUCCCUACAGCUUGCGAUGGGAUUUCAUGGCACAAGAGGUCCCCUGGGCAUGACCCCCACCAGAGGUACCCUCUGCAGAGGCUAGAUGCAUUUUGGCAGCUGUCCCAUGGCACAGCAUGGUACGGUGAGGCUGCACCCUCCCUUUUGCUUCCAGAAACCAGCCCCGUGUUGUAACCACUGCGCCCACGGUGACUGAUACUGCUGCCCACGCCUGCCACCCGCUGCCCUGCCAGGGCGUGAAACCAUCCCUGCUCCCAUUGCAGGACUGGGGAUCCAUCAAUGGGUUUUUGGGUGCCAGGGGUGCAUUAAUGUGCUCAUCCACCCCUUUUCUGCUUGUCCCAUAGCUCCUGGUGAGCCUUGGGCACCUUUCUGAGGUUGGAGGGGUGCAGGACCAGGGAUGGCUGUGCAGAGCCUCUCUGCCCCCAGGCAGGACCCCUGCUUGUUGUCCAGGUUUCUCCUGAACGAUGGUGGAGCCUGCAGGUCCCCAGGGUGUUCAGGUCCCUUGAAGGCAGGUUGGCCACCCCAUGGCCACUGCCUGGGCUAGGGAGGCUGGGAAGAAUUGAGGUGGUGGCAGGAACCAUCCACCCUGCAAACAGUUUCUGGGAGGCUUUGGAGGCAAGAUGCCUCUUGGCUCCUUGCCUGGGGGUCAGGUGGAGAACAACAGCACCCCAGGACAAGGGGCAGGGCCACAGGAAACCUCUCUGUGGGUUUCCAGCUCUCAUGUGGCCAAGCUGUGACUCACAGAUGAAUGCAGGGGUCCCACCUGCCCCAAAUCUGCAGCAGCUGAAGCUGGAAACCGCCAGGCAGGCGUGAGGUGCCAGUGGCUCUAGUGCCUGCCCUGCUGUGAGCUUUUGGGGCUGCCCCCAGCCACGCUGGGGUUUGGGUGAGCAGCCAGCGAUGCGGUUGGGGACCAGCACCCCCUCCGCCCCCUGUUCCAGCAGGGUUUGAUCGCAUUACACAAAGACAUGCAGGCAGGACCGUGCCGCCCAUCCCUGCCUCCGACACCUGACGCCGGCUCCUCACCCACUCCCUGGCAAAGAUCAGGGCUUAAAAACCUGAACGAGUUCCUCCGCAUUCACUCCCCGGGAGCUGCCCUGUCCCUGCUCCUGCUUUUACGCAACGUGCCCGCAUGAAACACGCGGCCACCACCUCCGUGUUAUAUAGGCGUCCCGCUCCCCGUCCCGGCUGCUGCUCGGCGCUGGGGACAGUGGUGCAGUGCAUGGAGAAGACCCUGCCCAGGUGCCCUGCAGCAGCUGGGGAGCGCCCGGGGCCCAGCAGGGAUGUCGGAGACCUCGUCCAGCAAGGAGGCUCCCCCAGCCGAGUGCCCAGUCUGCUACGAGAAGUUCCAGCUGCUGGAGCACACGCACCGCAGGCUCAGCUGCGGGCACACCUUCUGCCAUGACUGCCUGGUGAAGUGCCUGCUCUCUGCCAAGCUGGACGGCCAGGUGCCGAGCAGCAUCAUCUGCCCCGUCUGCCGCUAUGUGACUUUCCUCAGCAAGAAGAAAGCUCUUUGGCCGAGCAACCUGCUGUCGCUGGAAAUGCCCCUGUCACCUUCCUCCUUGUCCCAGCUGGCCAAACUGGAGCCCUGCAACACCUUGGUGGUGCCCAGCCACUUUGUGAUGCCGGUGCAGAGCUUUGACCGGUGCCGCGGCACGGGGAGCAGCCCCGGGGACUCGCAGGGAGAGCUGGCACGGGAAGCCCACAUCUUCAUCAUCAGCAGCCACGGGAUGCCGCUGGUGGACUCGGACUGCUCCUCCCUGGGGAGGAGAAGCCUAGCCGAAACACGCAGCACGGUGUCCUCCAGCUCAGCCCUGGGUGUGAAGUGCUGUCAGUCACCCAUCGCCCUGGCCGUCCUCCUCAUCCUGACCGUGGCCAUGCUGGCGGCCGUGCUCCCUUGGCUGCUGCUGGUGAAGAGGGACUCGUAGCGGGGACGGUACUGGCUCAGGUUCCCUGGUUCGGGACCCUGCUGCUGCAGGGCUGCCACCGAUGCCGGGGCCGGAGCCUCCUGGAAAACCUCCCUGGAGGGAGCCCAGAAGCAGCUCCAGGGGAAGCUCUUUCAUCUGGCCAGGGACUUCUGGGUGUUUCUGAAGAUCUCUGGGUGCUCACAUGCUGGAUUUUUUGCCUUUUGGUUAAAGCAUGGCUUCUCAAGCCCUGCUAUUGGGUUUCUCUGGCAUUUUAAUGGCAAGAAGGGGCAUGAAGGGACCCAGCUCGCUGCCCACACAGUCCCAGCCGUGCCCUCCCUCAGCCCUGCUCUCAGGUCCCCAGGGUGGGGGCUGUGCUCCUGCUGCCACCGUGUCCCUUCUGCUCUGGGCAUGCAGGGACAGGCAGCAGGGCAGGGGGUGAAGCCAGGUCUAGGCUGUGCCAGGGGCAGGUUUGGGAAUCCCACCCUGCUCCCCGUGGUGUGGGCAUCUGGGAUGUGCAGCUGAGAUUUGGGAAUUUCUGUGCCCUGUCUAAAGGAAGGGCGAGCAGGGGCUGCUGGUCACCCCCUGCCAGAGCUGCCAGCGGUGACGGGGACUUUCUCCUGCCACACUCCCCCCGUGGCUGGGCACCCCAGUACUGCCUCUGCACCCUCACCACCACCUUUGUCCUCCUGACCCAGUGCCCAGCCCCGUGGGUGCUGCUGGUCUCACUCGUUCUGGAAUGCGCCCCAAGGACCUCGGUGCUUUCGGACUGCCUGACCCAUAUGGCGCAGGAGCAGGAUGUCCCUCGCUGUCACCCGCAGGAGGUGGCGGCAGGCAGGAGGGUGGCACAUGGUCCCCGUGCUCCCUCAGUGAGAUUCCCACUGCCUGGCUGGGCAUCAGGUGGCCAGAGUGCCACCGAGACAGCUUUGGGAUCAUCCAGGACAUUUCAGGGGGACAAAUAAAACUGACCUGGGGCUGGGAAUGCUGCUUGAUGGGGAAGGAUCAAGGCAGCCCGUGGCCCACCUCUGGGCAGAACCAGGACAUCACUCACCCACCCCUGUGCCUCAGUUUCUCCACCUGCGCGCUGACCCCCGCACAAAGCACUGGGAGAUCACCCGAGGAAAAAGUGCUUCAGACACCGCUCUGGAAUGGAAAUCCUAUUUCAUAACAAAUAAUUACCUGACAGUGACGCGCCCAUGCCUCAUCAUUUAAUAAUUACCCUUGUUAUGACGCCAUGUGUCAGGGGAAUGACUGGAG